UUGGGAAAAUAUCACAAUUGCAUACGGCUCUGAUGCCUGAAAUUUUCAAUCUGAUUUCUGUGUCGCUGUUCGAAUUAGGGUUCGAUCUAAGUCCCAGUGAGAAUUUCAAUCUUUCAAUCACAUUUUGUUUAAUAUAACUAUCGGUUAGGAAAUCAGCAAGAAAUUAAACCUGUGGUUGAAGGAGAAGAGUUAGUAGUAGAUGGCAAGUACGGCGUGUUUCAUGAUCGUCAGCAAGAAUGACAUCCCGAUUUACGAAGCUGAAGUUGGUAGUGUCCCCAAGAAAGAGGAUGCUGCUCAUCAACACCAGUUCAUAUUGCAUGCUGCUUUAGACAUUGUUCAGGACAUGGCCUGGACUACAAGUGCUAUGUUUCUAAAAGCGAUUGACAGAUUCAAUGACUUGGUGGUGUCGGUGUACGUGACUGCUGGUCAUACUCGACUGAUGCUGCUUCAUGAUUCUCGUAAUGAUGAUGGAAUCAAGAGCUUCUUCCAAGAGGUUCAUGAGCUAUAUAUCAAGACUCUUCUCAAUCCUCUUUACCUACCUGGAAGUCGCAUUACAUCAUCACAUUUUGAUACAAAAGUUCGGGCCCUUGCUAGAAAAUAUUUGUGAAGCAGUCCUUUGAUUCGGUGGUGUCUGGAGCUUCCUGUGAAUUUGCUUCCAGGUGUGCUAUGUUAACCAGGAUUUUCUCUGAACUUUUUUGUUUCAAUAUCGUGAUGAUUGAUUUUUACAUCAGAAGUAGUGAUGUUAUGUAGCAGCACCUCUUGUAAUGUCUAACAUAUUACAAUGCCGACCUUUUGUAUCUUCAUUUCUCAGCUAUAUAUUAAAUGCAUUCUAGCUCCAGUUAGAUAC